AUGAGUGAACGGAGAAGAUCAGCAGUCGCCCUGAGCUCGCGAGCGCAUGCCUUCUCCGUUGAAGCCUUGAUCGGCUCCAGUAAAAAGCGGAAACUGCGAGACUGGGAGGAGAAGGGGCUGGACCUGUCCAUGGAGGCACUGAGUCCUGCAGGCCCACUCGGAGACCCGGAGGACCCGGCCACACAAGGCCUGGAACCCCACGUGGAUUCAGAGCAGAGCACUGGGUCUGAUUCUGAGGCACUCACCGAGCGGACCUCCUGCUCCUUCAGCUCACACGCUGACCUUACCUCUGCCAGCACAGGCCCAGUGUCUGCUGCCAUGUCUUCCAUGGAGGAGAUACAGGUAGAGCUGCAAUGUGCUGACCUCUGGAAAAGAUUCCAUGACAUUGGAACGGAAAUGAUCAUCACCAAAGCAGGCAGGAGAAUGUUUCCUGCCAUGAGAGUGAAGAUCACUGGAUUGGAUCCACAUCAGCAAUACUAUAUAGCAAUGGACAUUGUUCCAGUGGACAAUAAAAGAUACAGAUAUGUGUAUCAUAGCUCCAAAUGGAUGGUGGCUGGCAAUGCAGACUCCCCUGUGCCUCCAAGAGUAUAUAUACAUCCUGAUUCUCUGGCUUCUGGAGACACAUGGAUGAGACAGGUGGUCAGUUUCGACAAACUCAAGCUGACCAACAAUGAACUGGAUGAUCAAGGGCAUAUCAUUCUGCACUCUAUGCAUAAAUACCAGCCUCGAGUUCAUGUGAUUCGCAAAGAUUUUAGCAGUGACCUUUCACCCACUAAGCCUAUUCCCGUUGGAGACGGGGUAAAAACAUUCAACUUUCCUGAGACCGUGUUUACCACAGUCACAGCCUAUCAGAACCAGCAGAUUACCAGAUUAAAAAUUGACCGAAACCCUUUUGCUAAAGGAUUCAGAGAUUCUGGGAGAAACAGAACUGGACUUGAAGCUAUCAUGGAGACUUAUGCCUUCUGGAGACCACCUGUGCGCACGCUCACCUUUGAGGAUUUCACUACCAUGCAAAAGCAGCAAGGGGGCAGCACAGGCACUUCCCCGAGCACCUCCAGCACCGGGACGCCAUCCCCUUCGGCUUCUUCUCAUCUUUUAUCUCCAUCCUGCUCUCCUCCCACUUUUCACCUGGCCCCCAACACUUUCAACGUGGGCUGUCGAGAAAGCCAGCUGUGCAACCUAAACCUCUCUGAUUAUCCACCAUGUGCCCGAAGCAACAUGGCUGCUUUGCAGAGCUAUCCAGGGCUGAGUGACAGUGGCUACAACAGGCUUCAGAGUGGCACCACUUCAGCCACUCAACCCCCUGAAACCUUCAUGCCUCAGAGGACUCCAUCCCUGAUCUCAGGAAUACCAACUCCUCCCUCGUUGCCUAGCAACAGCAAGAUGGAAGCCUAUGGUGGCCAAUUGGGGUCUUUCCCCACUUCUCAGUUUCAGUAUGUCAUGCAGGCAGGCAAUGCAGCCUCCAGCUCCUCAUCACCACACAUGUUUGGUGGCAGCCACAUGCAGCAGAGCUCCUACAACACCUUCUCCCUUCACAAUCCCUACAACCUGUAUGGAUACAACUUCCCCACCUCCCCCAGGCUAGCAGCAAGCCCAGAAAAACUGAGCACAUCUCAAAGCACUUUACUCUGUUCUUCUCCUUCCAAUGGGGCCUUUGGAGAGAGGCAGUACCUGCCAACAGGGAUGGAGCACAGCAUGCACAUGAUCAGUCCUUCGCCCAACAAUCAGCAGGCCACCAACACUUGUGAUGGCAGGCAGUAUGGGGCAGUCCCAGGCUCCUCCUCCCAGAUGUCUGUGCACAUGGUUUAAAGAGCAAUACAACUCUGCGGAGAUAAUGGUAGUCACAACCCCAGAAUCUCCGUGGGUGGAUCCUUCUCUUUGGAAUCAAUGCCUUAGGAAAAUGAGAACUGUGCUUUUUUUUUUUUUUUU